AUGGAUGCGGCACCAGAGAACGACCUUAGUACGCUUGCUGCUCGUGCUGAUCGCAAUGAUCUUAUUGGCAUCCCUGGAUUUGUGGCCACGGCUUCAGCUCAAUGUAGCGACGAGUCUGUCUUCUUUGCUAGUCGCGAAAUAAGAAUCAAUUUCGAAGUGAUGAAAUGGUACGAGGACCACUAUGGUAACUCACAAAAGCGCUUGAGGUAG